CAACUAAGGUUCGGAACGAUCUUAGUUCAAAUGGCCAAUUAGAUUUUUUUUCCCAAAAAUGUCUGUGUUAUUUCAAACAGUUAUAAAUACAGGAAGACUGUGUUCAUACAGAAAUUUUAAAAAAUCUGUGUCCUCGUGCAGAUGUUUAGCCAUAAGAAAACUCUCAGAUGUUCCGCGAAAGUUUAUUAACUUUGAGGAGGUCGUGGCGUCCCGGCGAGCAGAGGCACGGCGUAGUAUAGUAGUGCAAGUCAACUCAGAGUCAUCCUUUAGUGAACUACACACCUACUGUUCGAAAUACGCAGAUGUCAAGGGAAUUCAUCACUAUCGGAACUCAAGUGGAGAGCACUUUAUGCUUAUUGAAUUUAGCACAGAAGAUAAUCUCAAAGAUGUAUUACGGAGUUGUAGCUCACACCAAAAAGACAUUGAUGUCAUGUCCCUUCGGUCCCCAUUCCUCUGGUUCCGUGCUGCUCCCGGGAAAAGGGAGAAGACUGAGCCAUGUCUUAGUUCUCUUAAUACAAAGGAUGGGAGCUCGGACCUUGGCGAAGACAUUUUGUUUCAAGAGUUGAUGAGUGCCCAAACAGUGUCUGAUCAGAUACAGCUUUUGUAUGAUAGGACUAUUUUGAAUGAUCUUGGUGUUCGGUUACGAUUUAUAGUAGCCAGAGAGCUAGAAGUGAUGUUAGAGAGCUUGUAUGCGAAUAUUGAGGUUCAUCCCUUUGGGUCUUCAGUGAAUGGGUUCGGCCGGAUGGGUUGUGACCUGGACCUAGUACUUACUAAUACACUUACUAAUGAUAUGAUGGAUCCAUCGAAGCGUCUAGUAUACCAAGAGAAGCGCAGCGAGUCCCGACCAGCACGGCAGCUGGAGUUGUUGGCAGAGUUGCUGGACAUGCGCGCAGUCGGCGUGGCGCGCGUGCAGCGCAUCCUGCACGCGCGCGUGCCCAUCGUCAAGUUCGCGCACCACAUCACCGACGUGGACUGCGACCUGUGCUACAGCAACAUGUCCGGGGUAUACAUGUCUGAACUCCUGCACCUGCUCGGCUCCCUGGACCCCCGCGUGAGGCCGCUGACUCUAGCGGUCCGCCGCUGGGCCGCGGCAGCCCAGCUGACGGCGACAGCACCUGGGCGCUGGAUCACCAACUUCCCGCUGACGCUGCUCGUGCUGCACUUCCUGCAGCAGGCCAAGGUGCUGCCGAGCGUCAAGCUCCUCGUCAGCAAGGCUGAAAAAGAAGACAUCCGAAUAGCAGAAGACAACCUCAACUGCACGUUCCUCCGCGACGCGAACAAGCUGCCACCCACCAGCUACUCCCAAAACGACUCCUCGCUCGAGAUACUCCUACUGCAGUUCUUCGAGUUCUACGCGCAGUUCGACUUUGCUGACAAAGCCAUCUCGUUAAACGAGGGUGCUGCCGUGAGAAAACCAAAUGCGCUGCCGCUGUACAUCGUCAAUCCUUUGGAACAGGCGUUGAACGUCAGCAGAAACGUUAGCUACGAGGAAUGCGAACGUCUGAAAAUGGAAGUCCGCAACGCCGCGUGGCAGCUCGAAGCAGGCCUCGAAGGGGACAAAACGGACGACUGGGGCCUACUAGGCCUCAUCGAGAAGAAGUCCACUAGAGGCCUAAAGAAACUGCUCAGAGUUGGCAACUCUCAAAGACUGGUUUCCGUUAAAGAUUUGUUCACUAGUGAAGAAGAUAAUCAGCCGGUUAAUAAUGAUAUUAAAGAUAAGUUGGAUAGACUGGCAAAGAAGGAGAGGAAUGAGAGGAAUUUAAGGAAUGAGAAGGAUAAAAGUAAAGUGAAGAUUAAGAAUAGUCAGGUCGCCAGCGAAGUGUAUAGGAUACGGCGGGACAAGUUGUUAUGAGAGUUUGAUGAGUAGUGUUAUAGAGA